AUGGCGACUGCCGUUCCACCUCCGCCGCUAACUCGUCUCAACACCUUUGUUGCCAGAUCACGAAUCGGAAAACGCUUCAAACUCGACGAACGUAACACCACCUUCACCACAGAGCUCCGCGCAGGCACCGCCACCUUUCUCACCAUGGCCUAUAUCCUCGCUGUUAACGCCUCCAUCCUCUCAGACUCCGGCGCCACUUGUUCGGUUUCCGACUGCAUCCCUCUCUGCUCCGACCCCUCUUUCACCUCCAAUUGCACCGGUCCCGAUCUCCGUCUCAUCCAACCCGACAUCUCCUGCAAGUUUCCGCCUGUAAACCCCGGUUACACCGCCUGUCUAGAAAGAGUCCGGAAAGACCUCAUUGUUGCUACCGUCGCAUCGUCUCUCAUUGGCUGCGUAAUCAUGGGAACUUUCGCUAAUUUACCUUUGGCCUUAGCUCCGGGAAUGGGUACUAACGCCUACUUUGCUUACACCGUCGUCGGAUUUCACGGCUCCGGUAACAUUUCUUAUGAAAGCGCACUUGCCGCCGUUUUCAUCGAAGGGAUGAUUUUUCUAUUAAUCUCUACCGUGGGUUUACGAGCUAAACUCGCCAAGCUAGUUCCAAAACCAGUCCGGAUCUCCUCCUCCGCGGGCAUUGGAUUGUUUUUAGCGUUUAUCGGUCUGCAGAACAACGAAGGCAUCGGCUUAAUCGGCUACAGUGCAUCCACGCUUGUUACGUUAGGCGCGUGUCCAAACUCUUCACGCGCGUCACUAGCUCCGGUUAUCACUUUCCCAAACGGCACUAUUUCUCUGCUCCCCGGCGGCUCAGUCUCCGGCAAUAUCAUGUGUGUCAAUAAUCGAAUGGAGAGCCCAACGUUGUGGCUUGGUGUGGUUGGCUUCGUAAUUAUAGCUUAUUGUUUGGUUAAAAACAUAAAAGGAGCAAUGAUUUAUGGCAUCGUAUUUGUGACGGCGGUUUCAUGGUUCCGUAAUACGCAAGUAACUGUCUUUCCACAUACUCCGACCGGUGACUCUUCAUUUCAGUACUUCAAAAAGAUAGUCGACGUUCAUAAAAUUCAAUCAACCGCCGGCGCAUUAAGCUUUUCAAGCAUCAACAAAGGCUAUUUCUGGGAAGCAUUAGUGACCUUCCUUUACGUCGACAUCCUGGACACCACCGGAACCCUAUAUUCCAUGGCACGUUUCGCCGGAUUCAGCAACGAAGACGGGGAUUUCGAAGGACAGUACUUCGCUUUCAUGUCCGAUGCUUCAGCAAUCGUGGUGGGAUCGUUACUUGGUACAUCACCUGUAACGGCGUACAUCGAGUCGUCAACAGGGAUAAGGGAAGGGGGGAGGACCGGAAUAACGGCGUUGACGGUGGCAGGGUAUUUCAUGCUGGCAUUCUUCUUUACGCCGUUGCUGGCAUCGAUCCCGGCAUGGGCGGUGGGUCCGCCGUUGAUUCUGGUGGGUGUGUUGAUGAUGAAAUCAGUGGUGGAGAUUGAUUGGGACGAUAUGCGGCAGGCGAUACCUGCGUUCAUGACGUUGAUAUUGAUGCCAUUGACGUACUCCAUCGCGUAUGGUUUGAUCGGCGGGAUAGGAACGUACAUGGUACUGAAUUUGUGGGAUUGUGGUGAGGGGUUAUUGAGUAAAUAUGGAAUUCUUAAGGGGGUAAGAAGUAAUGAAUUUAUUAUUAAUGGUAGUUUAGGGGAAAAUGGUGUAAUUAAGGAAAGUAGUGUGGUGGAAAGUAGGAAGGCACUUGAGGUUUAG